AGAAAUGUUUUAAAACUGGAAUUCACAUCCUAGCAUUAAUCAUGAUGCAAGUUUCCAGCCUUGGAAUUGGGACAACUUGAUUGUGCAGAAAGACCACGGAUAAAGAAGAAAACAAGGAAGGAGCAAAGCAUUGAUUAUAAAUGUCUUAAUAAUGAGCAAAUGUAGCAGGAAAAAAUAUAUUAAAACAAAUAUAAGACAAAUGACCAUGGAAACAGUUGAACCUCAGCAGGAUGGAAGUGUAACAGAUUCUGUGGCAGAGAGUGAUUCUGCUCAUAUGCAGACUCAGGCUGGCCAAAAUUCAAUCCCUACUUUAGCUCAUGUAGCAACAAUUGCAGAGACAGAUGAGUCUGCAGAAUCAGAAGGUGUAAUUGAUUCUCAUAAACGUAGAGAAAUCCUUUCACGAAGACCCUCUUACAGAAAAAUACUGAAUGAACUUUCCUCUGAUGUGCCUGGUGUUCCCAAGAUUGAAGAAGAAAAAUCAGAGGAAGAAGGACCAGCCCCUAACCUUGCUAUGGCUGUACCAACUAGCAUAUAUCAAACCAGCACGGGGCAAUACAUUGCUAUAGCCCAAGGUGGAACAAUCCAGAUUUCUAACCCAGGAUCUGAUGGAGUUCAGGGACUACAGGCAUUAACAAUGACAAAUUCAGGAGCUCCUCCACCAGGUGCUACAAUUGUACAGUACGCAGCACAAUCAGCUGAUGGCACACAGCAGUUCUUUGUCCCAGGCAGCCAGGUUGUUGUUCAAGCUGCCACAGGUGACAUGCCAACUUACCAGAUCCGAGCUCCAACUACCGCUUUGCCACAGGGGGUAGUGAUGGCCACCUCACCAGGAAGUUUGCACAGUCCCCAGCAACUAGCCGAAGAAGCAACACGUAAACGGGAGCUGAGGCUAAUGAAAAACAGGGAAGCUGCUAAAGAAUGUCGACGUCAAAAGAAAGAAUAUGUGAAGUGUCUGGAGAGUCGAGUUGCAGUGCUGGAAGUUCAGAACAAGAAGCUUAUAGAGGAACUUGAAACCUUGAAAGACAUUUGCUCUCCCAAAACAGAUUAGUAGAAAUAUUUAACUGUGAACUGAUUACAACAUGUAUAGUUGCUUUUCAAGGCAAUACAAUAUAUAGCUGGCAAGAAUAAUGGCUUUUUUUCCUUUGUAUCAUUCAUCUUACUUCCUAAUCUCCAACAUUCCUAAAAUGCUUCACUGUAUGUAGUUAAUACUUAGCUAUAACUUUCAAUUUUAAAAAAAGAGGCAAAAGUGUAAAAAUGUAUGUAACAAAUUCUUAAAAUGAACUAUUUGUAAGACUUAUUCCAAUGCUACAUAUUUGUAGUUCCCAAACCCUGUGUCAUGAAGAGUGUCCUAUGCAAUAGAAAGUUUUGUAGGUCUUUAAAUGGUCACCUUAGGAAAGGAUGAUCAAAGAUGAUGCAUCCAGCAGUACAAUAAAAUUAAACCACAAAAAAUACCUCAGGAAAGAAUUGCAAGAAAAUAUAUCUAAUACUUAUAUGAGAAUAGUCUAGAAAUGAAUUGAUGGCAUUUUCAGAUUUUUAUAUUAGUGGCUUUGUAAAGAAAAUAUUGUAUUGCUGUCCUUGAAUGCCAUAGUUGAAGGCAGUUUUUAAUAGAACCAUGUUGGUUGCAAUUUGUAGUGUUUGGUGCUUAUUUAACUAGCUGAACAUUUACCACUUUUUUUUUAUUCUAUCGUGUAAUAUAAAUGAUCUUGCAGAAGUUCUUAGUGUUGGUUUGAUAUUACCUCAUGAAAGUGGCUUAUUUUUACUAUUCAGAGUGGGUAAAAAGCCUAUCAGAAUCCUGUUGCACACCUUCAAUGGUACGAGCUGAUUUGGACAUUGGGUCAUGGUCCUUGCAAACACUUUUGUUGUCUCACCAGAAGGACAACCCCAGGGCUGGGGGCGUAGCUCAAUGGUAGAGUGCUAGCUGUCACUAGAGCUCAGCUAGCACACAUUAGGCCUGGGUUCCAUCCCCAGAACUGCAAAGUAAAUUAAAAAAUAAUAUAUGUUUUUUAAAGAAGGAGGGUCCAGAGCAUUGACUGGAGGUCAGGCUUUGCAGUGGGCAAUGCCUUGAUGUAGAUGGUCUGCUCCUUUUCUGGUCAUGGCCCUCUAGUUUUGAACUUUAGCUAAUGAUCACAGGAAUUUUGAAGUAAAACCAAAAAGACCUCAGAUUUCAAAAGAGCUUGAAGUCCACAGUGGAGCAGCUAUCACAGCAGUGUUGUUACUGGGGACCACAGUUUCUCUGUUUUUAGAGUAAAAAGCUUCUGUGCUUUAACCGCAAGCCCCCACUCGGUGGUGCUAGUUCACCUCUGUUCACUAACAUUUAUUGCCUAUGGGCUCUGUGCUAGACCCUGCUGUAGUUUCUUCUGUAACUUCUGAUUUACUAAGGAUCUCCACCCCAGUUUCACUAGUACGACUGGUAAUGAGCGAGAAUUAGGAAGUGCAGAAAUGGGAUUGUUUAUAUGGCGUCUGCCUGCUGCUUCCCUUCUGUCAUUUAUAAUUCUUUCCCUUAUCUGUAACUUCCAGAAGGUAGGCCAUGUCAAUUUUGGCUUUCUUUUAAAAUGCUUUUCUGUAGUGCCUGAGCCCUGAAUUUUUUUAUCUCAUGUUUUUUUUGGUGGUACUGGGUUUUGAACUCAGGUCUUUGCACUUGCUAGGCAGGUGCUC